UUUUGCAAACGGAUAAGAAAAAGGUUGAGAGCAUCAAAUCUCAUGGCGGCGACAUUGACAAAGAGAGCCCUCUCCCACAUCUCAAAAUCUUUGCCUAAAGAGCAUCCCCCUUGUAUUCAAUCCUGCUUAUCCAGGGCUUGCUUCUCCACUUCUUAUGAAAGUGUCCAAGACCCAAGAAAUAGGCCACCAACAGAGGCAGGCAGGCAUGGAGCAGCGACUGAGGGAAGAGAGGGUGAUACCAGUAUUGAUGACAUGAGUGGCGUUACAGGAUUUGUGGCAGGCACAGCAAGACAAAGCGCCGCAAAAGCAACGGAGGUGGCGGAGGACCUUGUUGAUAUGGCAAGGGAGACGAAUGUUGCAUGGGAUUCUGUCAAGAACACUACCCGGAAGGUCACCGACACUUUGGUUGCUGAGGCUGAUGCGAACGUUGUUGAUACAGCUGAGUAUAGAACUAUUGAAGAUCACAGUAAGUUCGCAGAUCAGAACGACCACCAUCAGAAGGGUCACAUUUGAUCAGGGAUGGGAAUUUGGUAUGAGACUUUCAUAUAUAUAUAUAUAUAGGACUUUCAAUAAUUAUUUCCAAACUUUGUUGAUUGUGCGAAACUUCCUCACAAGAUCGAGGGGAAAUCGUAUGGUGAAUGUAUCUUUUCUUUUCUUGUUUCUCAGUAUAGAAAAGGUAUAAGAGAAGAUGUAUGAAUUGUAAUCUUGUGUGCAAGUGUACAGUCUCUUUUUAUAUGUUAAA